CACCGGAAGCGGCGCCUGGAGGCGGAGCUGCGCUUCCGGACGCGCCGUGGGUUGCAUCAGCCUGUGCUGGCAGAGCGGCGUCGGCGUCAGGCGAGCGGCUGAGGAGGAGCGGAAGAAGCGGGAUGGCGGCGUCGGCAGCCGGUGAGCUUUGCGUUUCUUGGGUGCUGAGCGAGGGCUGGGAACAAGGAGGCGCGCCGGGGCGAGGGCCGCGUCCCCUGGAGCAGAGGGGCGGGAGUGUGGAGCCACAGUGGGGUGGUUUUAGCUGUGCAGUAUCUGCUGAGGCGCCAUAUGGGGCACCUGCGGGGCUUUCCCUCAUGGGGUUCAGUGGACCACCUGCCCAGGGCUGUCGUGGCGCUGCCCCGCUGGGUCUCCUGCGACCGACAAUGGGCGGCCCACGACGCUUUUGGUUGUCGUGGAAUCCUCUCCGAUGUGACUCACCGACGAGCCAGUUUCGAUUCCCGGGAGCCAGCGGCUUCCCUAAGCAGGCGACUUUCAGCCAGGUGAGGUUUCCCUUUCGUGAAAUGGAGUUGGUCGUCUUUGCAACCUACGUCCCGGGGGCAUUUGUAGGAGCCCCUCUGGUUCCAACGGCAGACCCAGCGUCCUGGUCCCUCAAGGGGCCCGCCAGAGGGCCACUGGGGAGUGCUGGGUGCGCGGUGGGUGGGAUUCGGAUGAGUACUGCGCCUGCACCAGGAGGUUCCAUGUAGCUGCUGUGCCUGACAUUAAAAGGUCUGAGGGACAGGUCUCCCCAAGCCAGCAAGCAUCACUGAAUGCUGGGGCCGUGAAUUGCAAACACAGAGUGACAGGUGUCACGAGAAACCUUAUUAUUAUUUAUUAAAUUUAUGUACCGCUCUUCAUCCAAGGAUUGCAGGGUGGUUUACUGUAUUUCCUUUUGUCAGUUCUGAAUCUACUGCCAGUCGUUUUCAUUGGCUGCUACCCUGAUUUCAUUUGCCUCAUAUCUUUCUGAACUCUUGUCAUGCCUUCCUUGUUCAUCUCCCUGCCACCCCAGCAACUUAGCUCACACACACACACACACACACACACACACACACCCCGCGCGCCAGAUUUAAAUUUUCAUUAAGGGAGUGAUGUUCCUGCACUCUGGUAUUUUAAUUAAGAUUUAUUGGAAGUACCUUUUCCAGUGUUGUGCUCCUUUUUUAGAGGUGGGAUGACCGAGUACAUGGUACUCCAAACAUGGCUUUGUAUGUUGAUUAAUGUAGUGAUUGUAAAACACUGUGUCCAUUAGUUAGAAAAUGCUGUGAGAACAUAAGGAGAACAUUUGCCAUACCCUUUUCUUUGCAUGAGAAGGUGUAAGGUAAAUAAUAUUUAAGGCUAGUGUAGAUGAUCCGUUUGACAUGUUGUGAAUUUGUCUUGGAUCUUGCCCAUUUGAUUGUGCAGCUGCUGUAGUGCAUGCUAUUCAGAUGCAAUGCUGCUGAAAGCAGACUGAGAGACACCAUGGCAAUGUGGAUUGAGCUGACUCCAUCACAUGACUGCUUCAUGCAUGCCAGCUGUUGCAUGGAUAGUCUCCAUCCAGAUUAAAGCUUUACCAAAAGGGUAUUGUGAAUUAGCCCUAAGUGAUCGUGUUUUGGCAGCUAUUAGUAUUUGACUGCAUUGAGGACCAUGGCUUGAACAGAGCACACACUAUUGAUUAUUCCAAAGCAUUCCUGGUGUUAUCAUGUGGUCAUCUGGUCUUGCUUAGGUCACCAGAUGCCCUGUUAUUAACCUGGGCUGUUACUGAAUACAAAUGUUUACUUCCACAUAGGGUGCCAGGAAAAGUCUUCAGUACUAUUUCUAUUUUGGUAAUACUAGUACUUUGUUUAGUUCAUAUGAAGGUAAGCCAAAUACCAUGAAAACAUCAAGCAACUCCACUAAUAGUGUUAUAUAAAAGCUUAUUAGCCCUCAGGCCUUUGGAUACAUAUCAGUUUCCAAAAAUAAGGUCAUUAUAACUUUCUAAUUGACUGUGCAAUCCCUUGUAAGGCGACUCAGACAUAUGUCCUAAUGGGACUUAUUUCUAGGUAUGUGUACAGGAAUUCAGUCUGUCUCGACCUUCUUUAUCUAAUGAAGACUGCUUUGCUUACCUUGAUGGAAUCAUCCCUGUUUGCUUCCAUUUAAACUAGGGUUGGUUAGACAUUUGUUUAAAGAAAACAAUUGAUCAUAUUUUAAAAAUAGGAAUUGCUUUCAGACUAGUCUCUGACAUUGGUUCUGUCUAGGCCCUGAAAUCCAGAUACCAUGCCAUAUCUAUGCCCUGCCAGACUCCACAUGCUAUGAUAGAGUAUACUCUUAUGACUCAAUUGAGUAGCAUGCAGUGUACUUAGCAUUUCCAUUUAAACGCAUAAUUAAGUCUUUGAGGUAAAUGUGCAGAACCAUUAAUUUAAAAAGAAAAGGGUCAUCAGUUUGCAUUCCAGAGCAUGUAUGUAAAAACCUGCAAGCUUUGUAUCCUAGAUCACUUAUAUUUCAGGUAGUUGUCAUGAGGGAGUUACUGUUGUUAACUACAUAUUUAUUAUGAGCAUAUUUAUACCUUCCCACUUCCUCCAAGGAUCUCAAGAUGGCUUACAACAGCCUUCUCCAGCUGAUACCUUCCAUAUGUUUUGGAUUACAACUCCCAUCAGCCCCAACCAGUAUUAGAAACUCAAAUAUAUAAGCUAGGUGCCAAAUGGCACCAUAAAUCUAGGUUACCGUCACCACAACGAAAUGUAUAUUCACCAGGGGGCUGGACUAGAUUACCCUCGGGGUCCUUUGCAAUCCUACAGUUCUGUGAUUCUAUGUUACAUUGCUUGACUGUAGCUUGCUCUUAAAACAAUUCACUUGUCCCAGUGCAAGAAGGAGAAAAACACACAGUAGAAAGGAAAAUAAUAUUAAUGAUGGACUGAGGCAGAGGUUUUUAAACUGUGGUUGACAACCUGGUGCCCAGAAAUAGCCACAUAGUCACAAUUGGACCCACACCGGUAGCAAAUUGCGCCUGGCAUUUCUAACACUGAAUUCAACAUGGUGCUAAGUGGGGUAUGCACUUUCCCUUCCAGACCAUGUUCCCUCAAACCCCAGAGCAAAUUGUGGGGGGCACGGGAGGAGCAGGGGAAGUCCUGUUGCACAAGAGGGCCUUGUUCCGCGCAUGCAACAACUUAGUUGAGCAUUUCUCAAACUUGGGAACCCAGCUGUUGUAGGACUAAACUCCCAUCAUCCGUAACUAGCAAGACCAGUGGUCAGGGAUGGUGGGAAUUGUAGUCCAACAACAGCUAGGGAGCCAAGUUUGAGAAACACUUUGUUGAAUCCCACCCAAUGCUGUUCUGCUACUGACAGCGUAAAAGAGCUUGCCAAAUCAUUGUGCAGAUGCUAACAUGCAGUUGAGGCAUGCUUGGAUUAUUCAGUUGUGUGGAAAAUGUCCAAAGAGGAAAUUUGUAUAUUGUUGUUCAGAGAUGCACAGUUUGACUUUUGAGCAGGGGCAAGUGAGACUGCAGCCCAGGAGUCCAAGGGUCAAGCUACACAUUAUUUUAAGCAUGCUUUCUCCAGCCACUUCCUCCGUGCACCCCCACCCCGAAACAAACAGUAGCUUUUUGUGACCCUAAUCCGGAUCAGGAUCACAGUGAAUGGAAAUAAAGUCUGUUUCUGUUUAUCAUCAUUGCUUUGUUUCCAAAUGUAUGUUUGAGGAAGAAUGCAAGCAAUGACAGUAACUAAAUAUCUAGCAAGUGAUACUUAGCCAGAGUAAAUUAAUAGCUCAUAUGGCUGACCUCAAAUAUGCAUCUGUGUGUAUAAUGUUUACAAGCUUUAAGCAUACAAAUUAAAGUUAUUUAAACUGUUUGCUGAGUGUAUGAUUAAACAGGAAUGGUUUGGGGGUAUUUAAGAAGCUAACAUUAGCUGACCUAUGGCCUGUGGGUCACCUACAUCCCUUCUUGUGGCCUUCCUCUCUGUCUAAUAGCAACCCAAGCUUCAGACUGAAGAAAUCAAACAAUGACUCUAUGCCACAGAGAGAUUAUAAUGGGUAUAAUGUUAAUUAGAUGCCGGUUUCUGCCCCACCCCAACCUCCUCCAUUUUAUAUGGUCUUUGUUAUUUCAGUGGGACACCAGCUGCUUCCUUUUCUGUGAGGCUGAAAUUUUUUUCUGGUGAUUUUGCAUCGGAUCCUGGAACCCUAAUGUCUAGUUGGAUGUGUUUUGGACUGCAGCUCCCAUCAACUCAAGCUAUCACGGCAAAUGAUUGGGAGUUGUAGCCCAAAACAUCUUAAUGGCACCAAAUCAGAGAAAGCUAACCUAGAGGACAAGCAAACAUAUAGCAAGCAAAGGUUGUAUCAAUCUUAUGUCCUCUUGUUCAUGAUUUUGUGGGACUCGGACUUCAUCAUUCUCCUGAAUUUUUCUUACUUCCAGGGCCUGUUGCUUGAAUUGCUGCUUAGUCUUACUGUUCAUUUGGAAUGACUGAAACACACUGUUGAGAUAUGAUACAUUUUAAUUGUACACACAGUGUAUUUAUUUGACAGAGGAUGUUUUCAUUACUGGGUCUGUAACGUUAGUCAAAUACAUGUGUUAAAGUUGCAGUAAAACCUGCAUUAUUUUCUGCAUGGUCUGUCUUGCUACUGUACCACAGGCAUUGACUUUUUGUUAACCUUUUAAGUUCUCUCUUCAGUUUCUUAUCCCCUUACCACUAGCCCAGUUGGUUGGCACACAUUAACAUGAGAAAUAAUUUGUGAUUGUCUAAUAUUGCCUACAUUGUUUUACCAGGAUAUAUAUCCUGGUUGCUUUCACUAGCCACAUAGUUUGUUUUAAAGUAUAAACAGCCGAGCCAGUGUAUUAAAAGCACUGGGCUUCAUUCUGUGCCUAGAAGUUUGCCUUGGGGCCCAGGCUGACAAUAGAAAUUGUAGCAAGAAACUACUGUGUGUUUUUCUCCUUCUUGCACUGGGACAAGUGAAUUGUUUUAAGAGCAAGUAGCUCUUUUCUUUCCACCUAGCCAGAAAUAAUGGUGAAAUUGAAUUCCUAAGGGUUUGUGUAGCUGCUUCCUUCAUCUCUAUUGUUUAUUAGGUGGCAGGAGUGGAAUGUAAUCUGAUAUACAAUCAGAUUUUAACAUGGGAACACCUACUUGUAAGUCAGCCUUGUAAGUCAACUCCUGGGGUUUUAGUUAACUAGACAGCCAAAAAAAUUACGUACCUGCCUGCCUUUUACUCAUCAGAGGAGCCAUCUAUGAGUGAAAAAACUGGCUAAUAAAGAAGUUUGCAGCCCAGAAGCAUUUAACUCCCCGCUUUCUCCUCCUCCCCUGCCCCCCUGGUUGCUCUGUUUUUCUUCCCUCCUUAAUAGGAAGAGGAUUCUGGUUCGCCUUUCCCCAUUUUAGCAUGUAUUGGUGUUCUUUGUUGCAGGGGUGCACCUCCUGAUCUGGGCUUUAGCUGCAACCCCCAUCAUUAUCUCCCCAGGGGGGCAGUGUGGGCAAAUGAAAACACUGGAGUCUGGAGUCAGCACAGGAGGUGUUUGACCACACUGUCAGAGAAGGGAAGGGCUAGAAUAGUCCGCUUUGUUAGCCCAGUUUGCUCUUAGGCUAGUGAAACAAAGUGCUCUGUCCAUGCUUUGCCAACCCAAUUGGGUUCCAUAAAAGCAAGAAAGAAUAAGUGGCUUCACUUCUUACAUGGCCAGUACCAAAGCUGAUUGGGAAGGCAAAGCUUUCUGGUUUCCGCACCCAAUCAGUUUUCAUAUUGUGAAAGUGGCUUCUUCUGCAACAAGUAUGGAAGCCAUUUGGGCAGUCAAUGCACAACCUUCUGUCCCUGCUUGGACAGCCCAGUCACUUGCCUGGAAGGAAUUCCAUGCUUUUGUUUUAUGUGGAAUGCCUGGUUACCAGCGGUGACAAAGCAAGUGGUUAAAUACAUUAAUGGCAUAAGUGCAUUACAAUUCCCAACAAGUGCAUGUACUUUCCAAUUGUAUAUUUCACCAAAAGGUGGAGCAGUUCUCCCUUAAGUUGCUCAACAAUAUGAAAAUUAUUUCCUGAGUGGGAUCUUCAGCCAGAUGGUGAUGCAGCCUCUUCUGAGCCUCAGCCUGGACUUUUCUUUGCCUACAAUGCUCAGUUCUCCUGUUCCAACUGUUCCCGGAGUAGUGAUAUCUGUAUAUUUGAGAGUUAAAUUAGGAUUUCCUGUAAUCUGACAACUGAGAAAACAUGGCUUUAUAGUAUAUAUUGAAACAAGCCUUUAUGAACUACCCUAUUAUUUUUUUUAACAACAGAUAUUCCAGCCUUGCUAUAUACAAAGUUUUGAGCCCACCAGCCCAUGCAUACCUAUGAUCCUUAUAUAUUUCCCUGCUUGGUUGCCUGGUGGCAAUGUAGAACCCACAGGGCACUCUGUUAGCAACUCUUUACAAGACUAAAAUCCUCCUGCGUUUAUCAUGUUUACUGCUUUUUCUUUCUCUGCAUCGAAUGCUUUUUUUUACUUGUCUUAUUUCCCCUAUUUGGGCUACUUGAGUAUUUGGUGCAAUAUGGCCUGGCUGCUACUGCACCAUUAACCCCUUAAUGUGCCUAGCUACCCUCCCCAUCUGGGCUGUGAGGGAUGCUUUAUUACUGGGUGCUUUUAAAGCAUGGGAUCUGACUGCUUGUCAUCUGCCUCUGUCUUUACAGCUUCUGACUACAAUUGUAUUCUGAGCAUUAGUGAAGAGGAAGCCAGGUUGAAGGCUCUGAAUGAGUACCUCAGCACUCGUAGCUAUAUCCAGGGGUUCACAUUUUCACAUGCAGAUGUGGAAGCUUUCAGGCAGCUUUCGGGCCCGCCUGUGGACCAGCAUUUCCAUGUGGUUCGUUGGUACAGGCACAUAGAAGCAAUUUAUGAUGGCAGCAGAGGAAAGCAUGACUCCUGUAAACUCCAAACAAGUGAGUAAUGGCAGGGGCUAGUGGGCAGCGAGCUAAUGGCUGUCUUAAUAUAUAUAUAUAUAUGGAAAAAAACUUCCUAUCCAAGAUUAUUCUGUGAUUUUAUUUAUUUUUAAAAAGCUCCUACAUUUGAUAGCCAUAGACUUCUGGGUCAUUACAACAAAUAAUCAGGCUCUGUUUCUUUCUUAUUUAAAAUAUUAUUUAUUACAUUUAUAUCCUUUUUUUUCUGCCAAUGAGUUCAGGGUGGUGUACAAGGUUUUCUCCUCCCCUCCUCCCCUCUGUUUAAUCCUUACAACAGCCUUGUGAUGUUGGUUAGACUAAGAAGGUGUGACCAGCCCAAAGUUACCGUAUUUUUCGCUCUAUAAGACGCACCAGACCACAAGACGCACCUAGUUUUUAGAGGAGGAAAACAAGAAAAAAAAUAUUACAAAUCUCAGAAGCCAGAACAGCAAGAGGGAUUGCUGCGCAGUGAAAGCAGCAAUCCCUCUUGCUGUUCUGGCUUCUGGGAUAGGUGUGCUGCCUGCAUUCACUCCAUAAGGCGCACACACAUUUCCCCUUACUUUUUAGGAGGGAAAAAGUGAGUCUUAUAGAGCAAAAAAUACGGUACUUUGUGAAUUUCAUGGAUCACACUGCACCCUCCCAGUCUCAGUCUUGCUGGAACAAAUGUGCUUUUGGUAGAUGCUGAAAAGAGUACAGCCCAAGGUACCUACCUGCCUGAUGUCAAUAGGCAGGAAGUUCCAAAGUCUAGGUCAUGGGUAGGCAACUUAAGGCCCAGGGGCCGGAUGCGGCCCAAUCACCUUCUCAGUCCGGCCCGCAGAUGGUACAGGAAUCUGUGUGUUUUCUACAUGAGUAGAAUGUGUCCUUUUAUUUAAAAUGCAUCUCUGGGUUAUUUGUGCGGCCUGUCUGGUGUUUUUACAUGAGUAGAAUGUGCGCUUUUAUUUAAAAUGCAUCUCUGGGUUAUUUGUGAUGCAUAGGAAUUUAUUUAUUUAUUUUUUCACAAUAUAGUCCGGCCCACCACAUGGUCUGAGGGAUGGUGGACUGGCCCAUGGCUGAAAAAGGUUGCUGACCCCUGGUCUAGGUGCUGCCAUACUAAAAGAUGGAUUUUGUUAAUCAGCUUUGACUGAACAGGCAGCUUUUACGAAAGUGUACAUCAAAUGCAACUGGUAAAACUGCUUAUUUGACACAAAUAGGGGCAGUCACUUAAGUUCAUCUAUGGACAUGAAUUGUCAGAGGCUAAAGUUAAAAUUUUCUCCUUAUUGCAAACCCAUGUUCAAAAUGGUAUUUGCAGUCUUGUUUUUAGUGCUGGUGUGUGCCUCAAUUGGCUACAGAUUGCCUUCCAAGGACCCUAGAUAAGAAACCUGCAACCUUAUUAUUGAACAUCAACUCCCGUUAUCCCUCACCAUUGGCCAUGGUGGCCAGGGUUGAUGAGAGUUAUAGUCCAACAACAUCCUGGCAGGCCACAGUUUUCACCAUUCUUAUCAUUGAAUUUUAAAAUUGGAAGGGACCCCAAGAGUUAUCUAGUCCAACACCCUGCUAUGUGGGAACCUCAACUAAAGCAUCCAUGAUAGAUGACCAUCCAACCUCUGCUUAAAAAUCUCAAAUGAAGGAGAGAGCCCAUUCCACCGUCGGAACAGCUCUUAACUGCCAGAAAGCUGUUCCUGGUGUUUAGUCAGAAUCUUGUUUCUUGUAACUUGAAGCCAUUGGUUGAAUCCUUGCAGUGCUCUAAUAGUGUCAGAGAACAGGAAAGGAAAAGAAAAGAGACUUUGUUACAUUAUAUGUGAGUUUUCUCUGCAAUGACAAACACGAAUCUACGCAAGUACCUAUAAUGAGUAUUGUUAGUGGCUGCUUUCAUACUUCCCAGAAAACCCUGUCAAUUAUAUCUUCCUUAUAUUCCCUCAGGUGUUCAGUUGAGCUCUGUGGUAUGGAAGACUCAUCCAGGUGUAUUUCAAACACAUUGUUUCCCUCAAAAUAUACUCAGAUGGUCAUUGUCAAGACUGUGCCUUUUCAAUUUGUUUAGUGGAAUGUUGGCAUUUUUCUCCGGGGACACCAGAGGGUGAACUGGGAGAAUUAUGAAAACCUCACUGAGCAAGCGUCUUCAUACCUUUGUUGAGGUGGUAGUGCAUUUUAUUAGCAUUUGAAGCUCCGUAGGUAGAGUCUGAAAACAGAAGAGAUUGGUGUGAUGUUUAGAAGUGCAGAUAAGAAUUGUACUUGAAACUACAAAUAAAAAUGCAACAAACCAAGAUAAAAUAAAUGCUUUAAACCUUUAAGCAGAAGAUAGGAACGACUAUUGGUUUUAUUUGGUUUCAUUUUCAAGGUGUGUCACAUAAUGGUGAACACAGUGGAAGUGAUUAGAAUGAUAGCUGUUGUUUCUGGCAGGAAUAUUUGAAUAUUUGAUUUGCCUGAAUGAAUAGUUUGGGUAGAUUGUUGUAUGUUUUUCUUUUGUGGUUAAGGUUAUCAUAUUGUGGCUUAUGCAUUCUUCUUAUCUGGAGUCUUCUGGAGCAAGUUUUGAUUGUGUGUGCUGGUUUAAUCUUUUAGAAAUUAACCUCCUUGGUGGCCAUAAUUAAUUCUCUGUGUGUGUGUUGAAAAAGCAACCCAAAGGACAGAAUUAAAUUGCUUUGUGUAUGUUCCUUAAACUCAACCUUAAAUCAAUUAUUUCCACUGCUUAUGUCAUAGUGAAGCCUUAUUUAAGCGAGAAAGACAUGUUUUUCUGGUUGCCAAAUGGAAAUAACUGGGAAUCACAAAUUAUUGUCAUCCUAUUGCAAAUUGCCCAGUGUUCUACCAGUAAACCACUAUCUACCAUCUCUCCAUUCCUGACAUAAGCUAUAGGAGGGAGAGGGUUCAGCUUUUUCACUUGCACACCCCUUUUCUUCUUUAAAUGGGACUCCCCUAUUGCCCACUUCAUACAUGAUUGAGGCAGGGCAGAGGGAAUUGCAGAUAAAAUGAAACCAAGUGGGGAAAUUAUUUACUACAUGUAUGCCAUACAUACAUGUGCCAUCCCCCCCCCCCCCGAUGCUGAUUAAGGUAUUGUUCUGUGUGCUUACAUUAAACUUAUUCAUGCAUUCUGCAUCAUAUGUCUUCUUCAUGAAACUGCCUUGUUGAAGUUUUCCUGUUUUAAGUAUAGCACAUAAACAUUUUGCAGAUGCAAUGCAAAGAGACAUUCACCUAGUCAAAGUGUUGAUUUUGGAACACUUUAGGAAAGAACUUAAUUAAGGCUACAAUUCUGUGGAUUUUAACUGGGACAUAUUCCUGAGAAAACAUGCAUAGGAUCACAAAUAUAAAAUCAGGUAGAAGAGGUGGUGUGGGAUAUAUAUGCAUUGUUCAUGCUAUUCAGGGUCUUGCAAGCAUUUCAGAUUGCCAAAUGGAAUUAUUCCCACCCCACUUUGCUGCGUGCUACAGCUGACCCAAUUUCAUGGGGAGUGGGAGCAGGGUGUGGUGUGGAAUGAGACCCAUUUAAGUGGACGUCCUUGCACAGGCUUCCACUGAGGGGACUCAUUAGCUGAAUCCUGCCCACUUUUUCUAGGUUUUAUGUCAACUUCAUAGCUUGGUGACUAUAUUCAAUAAGUUUUUUGCUCUGUCCUAAAACAAUUCAAUUUCUUCUCAGUGUAGGAGCUUAUCACUCUUUUUUAAACUCCCUAAAAGUUUCAAGAACAGCAUGUGCAUGUGAUUUUUGGGAGGUGAGGAGGAUGUUUUCACUUUUUGCUGAAACAGGAGUUCCUGUGGGAGUAAGUGCACUGAAUCAGAGCCCUGAGAGUUGCUGUCACUUUCUGAAAAAAAGAAAAGUGGCAUCAACAAUGUCAUGAUGUACUCUGCAUCAAAAACGUGGUGUUGUUUUUCAAAUUGGCUAUUAUUCCAGUGUACCUUCUGAGCUAAUGACAUAGACUUUUAUAGCAAAGAAAAUCAGAAUACCCUUUCUAGAUUUGUUUUUCUUGGAAAAUUAAUACUAAAUUUUUAAAUCCUUUCUAGGUAAAAACAAGCGUACCCAGCCUCCCUGGUCUCCACCCCAAGGAACAACAUUACCCAAACUCUGCCUAUACAACAGUCUCACUCGCAAUAAGGUACAUUUUUGAAUUUGGCUUUUCCAUGUGCUGUCUUUUGCAUAGUAGACUUAGUAGCAUUGCUCAUUGUUGCUGAACUGCUUUUCCUGUGGGACUCUGCCUGUACAAAUUUGGGUGCUUCUAACUACUAUGUCUCCUUUUCCUCCUAAGGAUGUGUUUCAGCCCCAAAAUGGCAACAGGGUGAAAUGGUAUUGCUGUGGUCCGACAGUGUAUGAUGCCUCCCACAUGGGGCAUGCAAGGUAUGGCCAUGUCUGAGUAGCAAGUGCCUUGGGCACUUGAAGAUCAAAGCUGUAAAUGAAUUUGUUACAUCAAACUAAUACUGCCAUCUUUAUAAAAUCUCUAAAAAAUCCAAAGUUUAUGAAUAAUCUUCUUUUUGACAUAUUGGCACCAAUUAAUGCUGUUGGACAUCGAUAACAAGGAUGUCUCUUGUCUGUUUAAAGUGAAUAGCUGUCUAUGGUGAUGAUCAGGACCAUGGUUCUGGAGGAGGAAGUGUCUAAACCUUUCAUCCUGUGCUUUUCCCCCAACUGAAAUUGCCCUAAAGCUGCUCUUUGACUAAUGGCAGAGAGCAAAGACAUGGACGUAUGUUUUAACCUCCUCAUCCCCCACCUCAGUGCAGCAGUCCCGAUCAAAUUCUCCCCCACUCCAGGCCCCACAAUUUCAGAGAUCCUGAUCACAAUUUUCUUCAUCACAACUAGUUUGGUCCUUUCUAGUUUCUCACAAGAACUUCAUAUACCGCUUUAUGAUACAAAUGCAGAUGUAAUGGCAUUGCUUUGAAACAACAUAAAAAUGAAUGCCAAAUGAUUUUUAGGAGAACAGUUCAUUACUUUUCAAAAGCAAAAAUAUAAUGUGAUGCUUCAUGAAUAUAGUGAGCGCAUGUAAAUGGUCCCGAGGUUGCAAAAUCAAUUUGUCUUUUGAAUUAUUGUAGAUCAUACAUCUCAUUUGAUAUCCUGAGAAGAGUUUUGAAAGACUAUUUCAAAUAUGAUGUCUUCUACUGUAUGAAUAUCACAGAUAUAGAUGACAAGGUAAUUCUAAAGUGCUGUCAUUUGAUUAGCUGCAGGAAUGAGACUAACAGAUGAGAUUAUUGAACUUAGUUUUUAUUUUAAUUUAAUUGUCUAUCCCACCAAUAAGUCAAAGACUUUCUCUUUGAGGUUAUUACUUCUUAAUUCAUACAGUGCCAUCAAUGUACAAAAUGCCUUUAUAUAGUUACAUAGCAAAAAGACAGAUCCCCACCUCAAGAAGCUUACCAUCUAAUUUUCAGAAGAAGAUGGUUGAAGAGACAGUGAGGAGAGGAGAAAAAUACAGAGGCAAGAUAAUUGGGCAUAUAUGGACGAAUGGGCUGAGGCUUUGUGUCAGUUCUCGUCUCUCCCCCCCCCCCCCUUUUGGAACUUUGGGAAUGUUCUGUAAGAUGAACACCAGUUCUAAUUUUAAUCUUCAAAUUGUAUACACUGUAUGUGCCUCCUAAACAUCUUUUAACUUUUGUGUUACAGAUCAUAAAAAGAGCAAGGCAAAACUAUCUCUUUGAAAAAUACACAGAGAAGCAGCCAUCAGCAGCACAGCUACUUGAAGAUGUCCAGAUUGCCUCUAAGGUCAGCUCCUUGACUGUUCUCUUCCAUACUUCAUGUAGGCAGGAGACUGCUUAAUUGUCUUCCAACACCUUGGAUCAGAGGAGGAAUCAGCCAGCUGCUUGUUCCUUCUUUUUUCCCCUCUCUUCAGACUGUGUUCCAUCAUUGGCCACACACAAGUUCUUUAAAUGAAGCCACCACUCUCUGUUCUAGCAGAGCUAAAAUCCUCAAGAGUCCUGCAAGACUCCAAAGACUUGUUCACACUUGGAAGCAGUGUUGCUUCUGCUGGGGACAACCAGAGCUUUACAUACCUUGGCUGCUCCCGUUUCCAGCACAUUGCCUUCAUCCCAUCACUGGGACUAAAUUCAAUUAAUUGGCAUUCCCCACAUCCACAUCCAAUCAUAAUCUCCCCCCAUCGAAGUGGACACCUUAGUAGUGUCUGCCAAAACCAGUUUGGAGAGAGACACCAAGCUUUAGUGUCCUAGCCUUAUCACCUUUCCUGAGAAUACUUUUUGUUGCUACCUACUACUGGCAAUCAAACACAUUUACUUUAUUUGAUCUGCAAACCAUAAGCAUCAGAUACAGUGGAGGGUCAUCAAUACAACCAUAACAAAAAGAGAAAAUUGGAAAGGGGGGGGGGCGGAGAGCACAAGAUGCAUAUACACAAAUGGUGUCUUUAAAAAUAGUGUAACAAAAUAAUAAUCAGAGAGACAGUUUUGACUCAGAACUCAUCCUCCCUUUCAUCAUAGUGCGCAUAGUUUUGAUGGCUGCAGCAAGGAACUUGUCCAUAUUUUUCUGGAAUCUGCCAUUAAAAUGAAGAUUAUAAAAUUCAUCUGUGUUCCCCACAUGUAGAGAAUGUAGUGAGGAGAUAAAAUGGAAACUUACCAGAUAUAAGAUCUGGUUCUUAUUUUCCCAUCAGUAGGGUCCCAUUUUUAUCUUCCCAGUCUGUAAUUUUUAUAUUGCUAUAAAAAAUGCAACAAUGGAGAAUGUGGGCUCAUGUUUCAACUGAGCUGCUGUCACAAGGACAAACACUCAGUGACAAGGCAACUCAGUAAACUUGUCUUCCAUAACUGCUGAUGGCAAAGUGUUUAACCUGGCCAUUGAGAGUGCUGUCCUAUAUCUAUGAAAUUUGAGCAAAUCUUUCCAUUCUUUCAUAACCUCCUGUGACUUUUUAUGAAUGCCUAUAUGAUUCCAAAAUCUUCUGAAAAAAUGGAUUAUGAAAGCAGAAUGUUAUGUUUAAAUAAAGAUGUGCUAAUUUUUAAAAUUUGUGUAAUAUUGGGGACCAGAACACUAGGUUUUUCCUGCUGUGGGAUUUGUUGUCUUUAAGUCUGGAAGGGGACUGUCGUCCUCUUUAAUAUGGUUGCUACCCAUGAAAAUGCCUGGUAAUGACCCUCCUCACUAUAGCAUGUCUACAUUCCAUUUUAAUUUUGAAACUCUACCAUGCAGACAUUUGUUACUGCUUUACUCUGGAGAUUUUGCUGAAAAUUAAACACAAGAAAACUUCUAAGGAAUAUUUUAUAAGAUGGCCAUGAUUUUAUUAAGUGAUGCUUAUUUGUUGCCUUCAGUGUGGUUUCAUGUAUAUUUCAUUCAUGUUUAUUAAAUCAGCCUUUUGCAGCUAAGCUACAAGAGACCACUGACCCUGAUAAGAAACAGAUGCUGGAAAGGAUUCAGAGUGCAGUGAAGGCUGCUGUGGAACCUCUAGAAAGUGCACUGAAAAAUAAACACUCUGAAGGUCAAGUCAGCAAACAUGCUGAGGUCUGUACUGAACGGGCUGUUGUGCCCUUAAGCAAAUUAAACAGUAUCCUUGAGCUCCAUUUACUAUUUUAGGGUGGGACUUUGCUUCAUUGAAACCAUUUAUAUCUGUGAGGUUACAUAAUUAUUUAGUUACAUUGGUGUGACUUAACUCCCCCCCCCCAAGUAUCUUAUUGAUGGUUAGGCACAUCUCUGAGGGUCACAUGGCAGCAGAGGCCAUGUGCACUCGUACACACACACACACACACACACAUUAGACUUGUGCAUGUGUACAAACACACUCUGCCUCAGCAUUUCCAGUUCUUCCUAGUCUUGUGCUGGGGUAGGAGUGGCUUUAAAGAGCCAUAUUCCUGCUUUUGAGUGGAUCAUUCAAGAACAGACCGGGGGAAUUUAUUUGCUAAACACUGCUAAACACCACAGUACUAAGAUUGGAGAGAAAACACUCUGCCUAUUAUUUUAAGAGUAAAAGGUAGCACUUCCACCCCAGCGCUAAAGAAAGAGUGUGUGUGUAAGUGCUGCUUGUUUCCCUACAAAGUAUCUUCUAAGGUCUGGGCUCUUUGGGAGUGGCUUUCCAAGAAGUAUGAUAGGUUGUCUCCAGGUGGAAAAACUGGCAACAUGAACUCAAGCUUUGGAUCCUGGCCCAAAUAAAUUAACAUUAUUUAAUCACAAUAAAGAACACUCUAGGCUUUUUCUUGAAGAAGUGUGCAUUGCUGAUAAUUAUGUGUUUUAUAUAUAGAUCUAUAAUUUAUUUCUAGGUGUUAUUGCGAGAAGCAAAAGAUAUACUCUCUGAGUGGCUGGACACUAGUUUGGGCAGUCAGGUGUCUGACAAUUCCAUAUUUUCAAAGCUCCCCAAAUUCUGGGAAGAGGAAUAUCAUAAAGAUAUGGCAGCUCUCAAUGUAAGUAUGCACAUUGAUUCAGCAAAAUGUAAAAGCACAUGGAAAUCUGGUGUUGGUGGAACUUAUUUAUUAUAGUUUCCCUCUCUUGGAAGGCCUAGAAAGCAAACUUAUAAAGCUUGUUUAUAAUUAAUGGCUUCACAGUACUGCUCCAUGGACACAUUUUGAUAUAUAUUGAUUUAUCAAGAUGACACACUAACACUUUUUGCUGGCAGUCUGGAUAGGGCUCUCCCUAGCACUGUGUUUCAAGGUACAUAAAACUGUUCUUAAUACCUAGGAAGCUGGAAUCAUGUCAAGACACAAAUCAAGACUGAUUUUCCUUUCAUCAGCAGUUAGAGCAAUGGUCAUGCCUUUCUAACCUUACAGAUUAUCUUUCAUCUUGAGCUCUUGGAAACUGCAGAUAUGCUUUCAAUAUGGUUAAUUAGAGCAGAUGCCUAGAAAUGCUGGGCUUCUGUGUUCAGUUUCUGCCCAUCAGUGUGUGUGCCUGUUUAUUUAAUUUGCUAAUAAUAGUAAUAGGAUUUAUUAGUUGCUUGUUACCUAGAAAGGUUUCCAAGUGUUAUAUUUCAAAAUAUAAGCAUAAGUACAUUGUACCAUAAAGGGAGUGGAGUGCACAAGGGCAGGAGAAUGAGGGAAAGCCCCAUUGUGUAAGCAGACAUUAUUGCGCAUGGCUUCCACUGAUAGGACUCAGUUGAAAUCUGCCCAUGAGUUGAAGCAGGCCCCUGAAUGCCUAUACUGUAAUGUUCAUUGGAAGUGCAACCCAAAGGGAAGGUGCCACUACACUUAAAGCCCUGGUCUUGCUGGGCAUAAGAUAAAUCUCAGGAGCAUACAGCAAUACUCUCUUCAACAAGUCCCUGUUAAUUUUGCCACUUGCCUAGUUUUCUAUAUACAAAUAUAGAACUAAUUGCAAAGCAAAGCUGUUGAGAGAGUCUGGUACAAGAAGGGUUGUGAAACAGAGAAUAUAUAUUAUUUUGUUUGCUUGCUUCUAGGUAUUACCUCCAGAUGUCUUAACACGUGUUAGUGAAUAUGUACCAGAAAUUGUGGACUUUGUCCAAAGGAUUGUAGAUAACGGAUAUGGGUGUGUAUAAAUUCUUCUUACAUUUUACGUGUUAUGUAAAUCAAAAGAAAAUCAUCACAUGCAGCUAUAUGUGUGCUUCACAUGUAAGCAGCCCAAAUUCUGUUCUAAUUAAACAUUUGCCAUCAGACCUUAAGGCACAACAAGGCCAUAUGAUGGGCGGCCUAAUAGAAAGCUAUUUUAUUUAUUGGCCAUCUCAAAGAUGCUGUUUCUACAUGUUUUGUGUUGCUAGAGCUUCCAAAAUCAUUAGUAGUCUCCCAUCCAGCAAACUUGGAGUAAAUCCCAUUGAACUUGCCCAUCAUGGAAAGCAGCGGAAGAAAUUCACCUUUAAAUACAGUAGUUCCUAGCCAACUGGUGAAAUGUAUCCACUAAUAGAUAAGGUGGGGCACUUUUUUAUGUGUGUGCCAAUUUCACCCUCCUCUUUGCAGGCCCCACCUCCUCAUGAAAAUCUGUUCUAGAGGGUUGGGGAGCACUUCAACGAGGGCUUCAUUGAGAGGCUUUAGCAAAAAUCGCACCCAGUUCUCCUUGAUCACCACAUACCUCAUGCUGGAGCAACAGUGAAAGGAGGACAAGUUGCAUUCCACCCAAUAGUAGGAAAGUAUCUGAAACUCUAGAACACCUAGUACAUUUGUGCUUUUUGUCUUCUAGUUAUGUGUCCAAUGGCUCUGUCUAUUUUGAUACCAUGAAAUUUGAUGCAUCUGAGAAACACUCCUAUGCCAAGUUGGUUCCUGAAGCUGUAGGUGAUCAAAAAGCACUUCAAGAGGGUGAAGGUAAUAUUACUGUCAGUCAGGGGCUUUCCAGUGCAUACACGAAUACAAUUUUAAGAUUCCUUUCUGAAGGUUACAAAUGUUCUUCCUCUUGUUCUCCACAGGUGACCUGAGUAUCUCGGUGGAUCGUUUAAGUGAGAAGCAUUCUCCAAAUGACUUUGCUUUGUGGAAAUCCUCCAAACCAGGCGAGCCUUCAUGGGACUCUCCUUGGGGAAAAGUAAGGACUGUGACUUUGAUCAAAGAUUCCAGCUGCAUGGUUGGAAAAUGCUUGUGCUCCCAUGGAAGGAGGGGGUGGUUGUUUUCCCUCUUUGUCUUUAGUGCCCUAUGUCCCCAGUUGUCUGGAACCAGUUUUUAUGGGAUAAGGUUUGGCUGUAGACCAGGAUGGGGGAUUAUGCAUCCAAUCCUCUUUGCAUCCAAUCCACUAUAACUUUGCUCUUUAUGCACAGUUUUAUAUGGAGACUAAAAGUAAGUAUAUUCCAUAACAUGUAGUCCAGGCUUAAGACAUCUCCUGCCGCUACUUUUUUAAAUCAUGGGGAUACAGGUCAUAUCUUAAGAUGUAGGCUGACAUCAUAAAGGACAGAUAACUUAAAUGUCCUGCCAAAGCAUUAUGGCCUGGGGCGUCUUGAUUCUUAAUAAUGUUCUGCAUCUAAUCAAGUCAUUGACACUGAUAGGAUUCUAAAAUUUAAAUAAUAGUUGGCAGGGGUAUCGAUUAUUCCCUUCUAGAAAUUUCCACUGAAAUGUGCUUUUCAACAUAUUUUGUUAUUUUUCUCCUGUAAUCCAAGAAUUUUCAUAGUGAAAACUCAUCCUAUUUUGUUUUUAGCCUGAACCCCUGGCUUAUUGCCCUUGCCCCUUUUUCAUAGCUGUGCUGUCCUUCUACUGACUUAUUUUUUUAUUGAAAUAUGGUGCCCAAAACCAAACAUAUUCCAGCUGAUCUUUUACCCAGUGUUAAGUAAUAUAUAAUGUGUUGUUGUUCAUCUGAAGUUGAAUUUACCUAAUUUUAAGACGUGCUAAGGAACAGGUGAUUGCUUAUUAUGUCUUCAUAUGUAAAAGCACAGAAUUUAAAGAGGGUGCAUCCCCCCCCAUACCUGUAUAUCUGAUGGGAUACCACAAUUGGGGCUAACUCAUAUACACUUGCAUGCACACACCCUAAAAACUAAAUUUCAUGGUUUUAUCAAGAGUCUCUACUUUCAAUUAAAUUUAGUCAGUUUAGCUUUAGCUUUGGAGAGAUCUUGAAAUUUGAUGUUAAAUAUAUUUUGGACUAUAUUGAGGACUGUGGGGAGUGGGACUGUGGGGAAUGGGCGAGCUGGAUGAAGGGUGAUGGAGACAAUUUUGGGUUGGAAUCCCCCAGAGACCUACUCCUCAAGGAGAAAGGAAAGAAACUAAGACACAGACCAACAAAAGACAAGGAAAAGGGCAAGCACAAACAAGAUGAAGAAGAAUUGUAGAAGGGACAUGGAAGAGACUUAAGGGCCUCGGACAUAAGGCUUCCAGGUUGAUGGACUAGAUGGAAUGGACAGUAAGGACUGACACGACCCAAGACCAGGAAGAAGAGACGCUGGAUGAUGAUUGAAAGAGAAUUUAUAAUGGGAACUUUUUAUUUUAGAAUCAGCUUAAUGAAUAUUAGGGAAAAUGUGGGAAUGAAACUAUACGACUCUAGCAGAAAUGUUAUCAGGAGCUAUGUAUAUUUGAAAACUAAGAUUUAAGUCUUACGGUAUUUAGGGGUAAGAUAAGGUUAAAUAAAUUAAGAUAAUUUGAAUAACAGAAUAUGGGGAAAGAUGGAAAGGAUUUGUUGAGUUAAUUAUUAGGUUAAAUUGUUAAGAUAAAUUUUAUAACAAAAAUUGAGAAAGAUGGAAAGAAUUUGCUGAAAUAAUUAUUAAACUAGAAUACAAAAAGGGAGGUGUGAGGAGGUCAAUGAAACAAGCAAAUGGAAAUUAUGGAUAUGCAAUCUGGGAUUUGUGUUUUUUUCUUCUUUUUUCUUCUUUUUUACUUUCUUUUGCUGUAUUGUCGUAUUGGUUUUUAUAUUUUGUGCUUUUCUCUUUUUUAUUUUUUUUCUCUUUAUUUUUGUGUAUUGUAGUGUUGUUGUUUUUUAUUUUUUAUUUUUCUUGUAAUCCUGAAAUUAUCAAUAAAUAUUAUUUUUUAAAAAAAAUAAAUUUAGUCAGUUUAGGAACCUCUCCUGGGGGAUAAAAAUUGUGAAAGGAAAACAUAGGUGAGAAUGUGAUGUGUUGGCUACAAAGUAAUACUGAAAAACUUCUUUUAAGUGAUGAUUUUGAAUGAUUUUAAAUGGUGAUUUUGAGAUGAUUUGUCUUGAAUUUUGCCAUGCACUGAUAUUCUGUCAGUUGUUUUUAGGGUGUAGCUUUUGAUUGACUAUUUAUUGUGCACUCUGACCUUGUAAAGCCAGAUUAUUGAUUCAGUGCAAAGAUUGCCUUAACUGAAGUGCUCCAACAAUAGAGCAUGUAGACCUAAGUUCAAACUGCAAGAUAAAAGUUCUGCAUUAAAAUAUCUACUAUUAAAUCCAGUUAAUGAACAUUAAUAGGCUCAUUAACUGGGGAGAACUUUCCUGAACAUCAUUAAUAACCUACUUUAUUUCAAAACAGGGCCGUCCGGGAUGGCAUAUUGAAUGUUCUGCAAUGGCCGGGUCCAUUCUAGGAGAUUCUAUGGACAUACAUGGAGGAGGCUUUGAUCUUCGGUUCCCUCAUCAUGACAAUGAGUUGGCACAAUCUGAGGCAGGUGCUCCCAUGUUCUAAUUCUUACCAUGCUCUGAUACCUGCCAGAGAGCUCUCAGGUUCACUUGGCUUUGAGUUGGAUGUUUCCCAACUAAUAGUUCAGAGAGCACGGAAGUAAUUCAAUUAAGUAGGCUCUGUUGGCUGUCAAAGGAGAAAAUAUUAUCAAAUGUUCACAUAAGCAGACUGAAAAUAAAAACCAUGCUACUGUUGCUAAACUUGGCUUUAAGUGAUACUAUACUUUAAAAUUAUCUUAAGUUCUACUUGUAAAUAUCAGACAAUAGUGCUUUUUAAAUUCAUGCGUUCCUGCUGUUUUAUUUUGCAAUUCAGACAUCAUAGAAAACCAUAGUGAAGCUCCCUGCACUAUGGCUUGGUGUGAUGUCUGAAUGGGUUGGGUAAAGCAGCCAAAUAAGUUAUAAUCAUUGGGUCUGAGCCUAGGGGCCAUGCAUUUCCUCCUCCCCUCAUGCACAAACUACUUCUUUCCCUAGCUUGUCAGGUCCAGAUCUUUUAUACAUUCAUCUCACGCAGUGCUUCCCUUCCUAGUCAGGCAAAGAAUAGUUUGCCAUUGCAUCAAGACUUACAAACUAUGGUUUGUGUUUGCAAUUGAAACCAGACUUGGGAGUAGGUUUCUAAUUCUGGGCUAGAAGGCAAGUGCAAAUCCUGGUAUAUCGCAGGAAUAGGCAGCAUGGUGCCCUCCAUAUGUUUUGGAUAACAACUUCCAUCAUUCCUUUUUGAUUAAAAAAAAUAGAAUUAUAAUUGACAUUAUGGUGUCUUAACUUUGGGAGGCAGUAGCAGUGACUAGCAACUGCCACAAAGAGAGCCCCAUUUGUAAGGCAACUGUCACUAGGAAAAGAGACCCGGGGGCUUUGUCUCUGGGUCACAAUGGCGGAAACAUAAUACAGGAUCUGAAGGUGUUGCUCUGUCAAAGGUUUUGGAUUCUAGAGGCUCCCUCCCUCAGUAGUGACAGAACAGCACCUUCCCCAACUACCUACUUAGUUAAAUUAGCUUUCUCUUUAUGAGGUUUAUCCUAUUGACUGAAGUGCUUAUUGCUUCCAAACUGCAUCUCCUUUCUUCAUCCACAUAGAUUUGCUGCCACCUUCUCUGAAGAGAAUGGGAAGGUCCUUUGUUGUGGUAUCAGGGCCAGGGAAAGGAGUGCUUUGUGUGUACUUAGGAACUUACAUACCUUUAUGUGAUCUUCACAUUGGGACAGUGGUGUUGAAACUAGUUUCCUCACUCCAGUGGUGCAAUCUUGUGGCUCGGCUGAAGUUGCAGUUCCUUGGUAUAGGCUGCCUUCUUUUAACCCCCAAGGUUAAGAAAAAGUGUUGCUGCAGUUUGAAACAGCGAUUACUAGAGUCAGGAGCACUUGCCUGCUCUGAGGCGAGCUGGAACACCAUGAGAAAUGAAGCCUGUCUGUUUGAUGCAUCCAUCGCUCUGUGUCCAUCAGAGCGGGGAGGUUCAGUGAUGCAUUGGCCCCUUCUCCACGCUCCAGCACAGUUCUGACCUGGGAAAGGGGGGCAAUGAGAGGCCUAUUAACUGGGCUAUUUUGUAGUCACAGGGAAGGUCCCAGCCUAUUUCUCUGAAAGCUGCUUGAGGAAAAUAAUAAUUAUAAAUAUGAAAGCACAACUACUGCAAAACACAUACAUAGAGUGCCUAUCAAUCUCAUAAGGUCAAGGGGGAAAUUCACUCUGUAGCUUCUUAAAUACUUCCAAGCCUCGGCUGUUUGAGAAAGAAUAUUUAUAGAUUUUUGACUGCCAAGUGAAAUGUGCCUCCACUUUGCCUUCAGUUUUUAUCCACCCCCCCCCCCAAAAAAAGGAGCCAAGGUAUCCAGAAUUUGAAAAAUACUGAUGUUAGGAGCCCAUAAUUCAAUCAAUAAUAUGUGUAAUGGUAGAUAAUUCAUCCUACAGUUGUAUCAUGUUUCAAACUGAAGAGAGAAGUGUGUUGGGGGAGUGGGGCUGUGUAAAUUGGAGAUUGAAGCAUUGUUUUUUUCUCUCUCUCCCCAUACAGCUGUAAUCUAAUAGAUAUCUGUAUUAUAUUAUCCUUUCCCAUGUGUUUUUAGGCAUACUUUGAAAACGAUCACUGGGUUCGCUAUUUCCUCCACACCGGGCACCUGACAAUUGCUGGUUGUAAAAUGUCCAAAUCUUUGAAAAACUUUAUUACAAUAAAAGAUGCACUUAAAAAGCACACAGGUAAGAUAUAAAUAUAUAUAUAUAUAUAUUUAAGGAAGGAACACUUUCUAUUAUUUUAUUUUUUAAAAUCAUUUUUGAAACCAGCUAAUGAUUAAUCUGAGUGAUUUUUUUUCAUUUAUGAAAAUUUCUAUUGUCUUUGGCACUGUGGUUUCUGCUGUAGUCCCAUAUCCUCCUACACUUUUCCAUUUUCUUUUUAAAACUCUCAACAGCUCGGCAAUUACGGCUGGCUUUUCUUAUGCAUUCCUGGAAGGAUACGCUAGACUAUUCCAACAACACCAUGGAGUCCGCUAUUCAGUAUGAGAAAUUCAUGAAUGUAAGUUUACUUCCCCUCUUCACGUUUUUCUGCUGUACAAAUUUUGGGUUGUAGUAAUGUGAUGUACCCGGUGUUUUCUUCUGCUGACUAUAUAUGUAUAAUAUAUGUGCUCAGGUUUAGCAGGUUGGCCUGUCGUUUUAUUAAUCUCUUACCAGAUCUGCACUCCAAAUCUAGGCUUUGCAAACCAUUUUUAAAAGCUCCUGUAUCCAUUCACCAAUUCCCUCAUCCCCAAAUCUGCUCAAAACAACUUGGUCAACCUAAUCUGUUCUAUGUGCUUGAUAUAUCCUAUGUUUGCAUAUAUAUUGUGGUAAAACAAUAGUAACCAACAGGAAACUUAGUAGUAGUAGGAAGUUAAAUAAAAGAUCUCUCUUGGAAAGGUAUCCUUCAGACUGUAAUGGGCAGUGGCGUGGGAGGGGGAAUAGGAUGUAGGUCAUCAUUAUCCUGUUUUUGCCUGAGACUUGAUGAAGGGUCUUGAAUUUCGUUAAUUGCAAACACCAUUAGCUUUUUUGUUAAUGUGUCAUAUCACAUUAUGCUAAGUCACAGCAUAGACAAAAAUCGGCUUGACAGCAGGUAAUAGAAAAGUUGCUUUUCUUGGCAGAUGCAGGGUAUAUCUUGUUCUUGGCUGAAAGUGAGUCUGAUAUGAGUAUUGAAAUAGCUAACUGGACAGUAUACUUUGCAACAGGAAGACUUCAGAUUGUGGGCUCUUUCCCUCCCCCUUUUAGGAGUUCUUUUUAAAUGUGAAGGACAUCCUUCGGGCCCCCGCUGAUGUGACAGGCCAGUUUGAAAAAUGGGAAAACCAGGAAAUAGAGCUGAAUAAAAGGUGAGUGAGAAACCUGUUUUCCCCCUCCUUUCUUCAUGAAUAGACAUUUGUAUAUUCAUGGUAAUGGAUCCCAUUUUUCAAACUGGCAUUUCCUUUUGGUGCAAGCAAGAUAAUCUUGCAUUUCUACAACACUUUCCCCUGGAUCUCAGUUACUUGUUAGUUCACAUAGCAAUCAGACUGCUUGUGGUGCAGAUCCUAGAUCCUUUCACUUGCUUUCUUACUAUUUUUCUUAGUUCUUCACAUAGAUGUGUUUCCUUACUUAUUUUUACUAUACACACACACACUGCAUCCUAAAAGCUAAAUUCUGAAACCUGCAUAAAUUAGGAACAUGAAACAACUUUAUAUCAGUGGAUUUGUUUUACAUACUUUAUUCUGUCAUGCAUGAGUAAAUAGAGCACGGGGGCCUAUUAAAGGCAGACCCCUGACACUGGGAAUUUCCUCUACCCUUUCUUGGCUUCUGCAAUUUAUUAUGCACUGACCACACAUUUCUUAUUUUUGUUUUCAUCACCUCAGGGAUUAGAAAUGGUUGUUUUAAAAUAAUACCUGAAAACCAAACUUCUCAGAAUGUACUCAGUCUCAUUAGACUUGACUUACUGGCUUGUGGAUUGCAGCUAGAUACUUACGUUUUCUAUUCAAACACCUAACUGUUUUGUUAAUCCUGAUGCUUUAAAUGGCUGUAUUAGGAUGUCAAGGUAAACUAUGGUUAAUUGUGAAAACAACCCACAGGGAACCUCAGACUUUAUGCAGACUUUCUUCUGCAUCUGGUUUUGAUUAACCACACCUUAGCCCUACAUCCAAACCUUAAACUGUGGUUCAACUAAAUAUGAUUGAUUGAAACAAUCCAACUUUCUUAACUCAUGAUGUAAAGUUGGUUUGUUUGACGCAAGCCAUAGUUGACCACAGUUUGUCUGGUUUUGACAACAUGACACACUGCAAUGAAACAGAAGCAAAAGCUUCUGAACUUCUGUUUGCCACACCAGCGGGAGGAGGUACAGAAGCCCCAGGCUUGUACCUGUCAUGAUUUCUGAAUGCCACUAAUAAAUCUUAUAGCACUUAUUGCAAUUCAUCAGAGGAGUCAGAAGAGUCCUACAUUUACAGAUUUGAUUGACAGGAUUGUUAAAAUAAAAUGCUGUCUCUAUAAUGUAAAUGUUUUCUGUUUUUUAGCACCGUUAUAUCAUAUUCUCUUCAUAGAUUUGCUUUUCUUGUGUUUUUCUUCUCUGAUAACUUUUUCUCUCUCUCUUUUGUAAUUUUCCAUGCUUCAGUCCAUAACGCUCUUCAUAUUUCUUAUCCUUCAUUUACCUGGCAAGUUGUUUGAGUCUUUUCUCUCCUUCCAAAGCUGGUUUCAAGAUCUGUGUCUUUUUUCAGUAUGUACUCUGAAAUGCAAGAGAGAAAUGGUGUAUGUGGGAGUCUAGUGAGAUACUGACUAUUUCUUUUAUUUCUUGCUCAAUUUCUAACUGCUGCUAAAGGAGUCUUUCAUGUAAAUAUGCAAUUUCCUGACUUGUGCCACUUGAACCUGAGUUUAGAUAUGGCAGGAGGAGUGUACAAGCCUGGAGGUAGGGUUGGCUUGUUUUCAUCAUGGUAAACCAUCGUUUAUCAUGACAUCUGAAUGUUGCCACCAAGUAUGUGGUAGGGCUUUUCUCUCCCACUAUCUGCCCGUUCAGGUUUUACCCUAGCAAGUAAAGUACUGAAAUGCUUUUGGCUUUCUUUUAUCCAUGGAGUACUGGAAUCUUUGGCUGAAAACCAUUAAGGAUGACACAAAUGACAUGUUGGUCCUUCUUUGUUUCCCUGCCCUGCUCGGCUAGUUUUUAUGACAAGAAGCUAGCAGUCCAUGAAGCCUUAUGUGACAACAUUGAUACACGCACAGUCUUGGAAGAAGUGCGAUCGCUGGUCAGUCAGUGUAAUUCCUACAUUGCUGCAAAGAAGACUGCGAGGCAAAUGCCAAAUAGAAUGCUGCUGGAAAAUAUAAGUCUCUAUCUUACACAGAUGUUCAAGGUAUGGGAUUUUCACAAAACCUUUGAAACUGCUGCAUGUGUGUUGUAACUGUGUGUGAAUGUGUCAGCCUUUUCACUGUUUAGAUAAGACUCCAGUCAUUCCUGACCAUGAGCCAAGCCUGGAGAUGUUUGUGGUUGCAGCCCAGCAACUUCUGGAGGGAUUCCCCUACCACAAGGAAAUAAUUGUGACAAAAAUGUAGCACUUUUGAAAGAAGGAUUAGCUAUCAGUAUAAAACGGUGGUAGUACUUGAAUUGUUUGCAAAGUUUUGCUGUUUCCUGGACAUAGAUAAAUGGUCAUCAAGCACUGCUAUGCAAAGAUCGUAGAAAUAUUGCAGUCCCCUGUACUUCCAGGAGGCCAUGCUAUGAGCAAUGUUUACUCUUGGAAAUAAUGUCUUAAUUGCAGCUCCAACCCAGUGCAGACAAAGUCCAGGAAACUCAUUUGCCCAGCAAAGUUUUGUUCACAGCCUUUGGGGCUGGAUUUUCUGUCAGUGUUAAAGUAUCUGCUGCUGCGUGUUUUUUCAGUUUGUUUUGUGUUUCACUCACAUAGGUGUUCGGUGCUAUAGAAAGCGAUGAGGCUAUUGGAUUCCCAGUUGGAGGAAGUGCCCAAAACUUAAAUGUAAGUUGUAGGGAAAUUUUACGGUGGCAAUCUCAACUCUGCUCAUGGCUUUCAGAAAGAUUGGAUUACAUGCUGAAGCAAAGCCACUUUUUCUGCUCGUACGAAUAUAAAAUUCUGCAGUAAAACUGAAUCACAGAAUUACUCCAAUUGCAUUUAGGUAAGAGAGAAGAAUUAUAUUUGUAUGUGAGAGCAUAGCAAGGAAGGGCCAGAGUUCAGUUGUCGAGCCAAAGCUUUGCUUGCGAAGGUCAUAUCUAGAUAGGGCUGGGAGGGACUACUGCCAAAAACCCUAGACAGCCGCUGCCGGUCAGAGUAGUCAAUACUGAGCUGGGAUUGGCCAGUGAUCUGACAUGGUAGAAGAUAGCGUCUUAUAGGCAGCAUUCAACUAACAAGCCCUGCCAGCAGAAGUGUAAGGACUUUGUUUCUUCUCCUCUCUUCCACCCCAGCCAAAUUGAUUCUUGGGGGUGGUCAAGAGAACCCCCAGAACAUCACACAGGGGGGUGGAGGGCAGAUAGCUCCAUCAGGCAAGCAGAAAUGGUUGUGCUGAUGGAGCAAUCUGCCUAGUGCUAUACUGAAUUGCUCCCAAUGUUUUUAUGCUUCCUAGCAGUAUUUUCAGAGGAAACCAGAAAGAAAUGGGUUGAAUCUCAACUAAUGGACAAAAUGUUUCAUUCUGCAGCUUGAAUCUACAGUGAUGCCAUACCUACAGGUUUUGUCCGAGUUCAGAGAAGGUGUGCGGCAAAUUGCCCGAGAAAAGAAAGGUGAUGUUAACUCUGUGCUUUUUUUUACAAAUGGAAAUCUCCACAAAUGUGCAAUUGUCUUACGAAAUGUCAUUUUUAUUUGUACCAUAGUGCUUUGUUUUCUUCCUCACACUUGUUCAUCUGCUUGCUCGAUAUGGGUGUGGGCACACAGACGCAUGUACUCUUCAAAACUCUUAAAGCCAAAAACUAGGGAGGUGUCUGCCUGCAUUUGCCUUGCGUUUUACUUGCGUAUGAGUCUGGGCCAGCUCUGCCAUUAACCAGAUUGAGGCAGCUGAUUAUGCAAGUCAUGAAAGGGCAGCAAAUCAUUUAUUUAUUAUUACCGUAUUUUACUGCUGGGAUGGAGCAGGCGCUUGUUGGAUUUUCUGCCUUAGGUGCCAAAAAAAAGAAAAGGAAAAAAAAGAAAGACAGCUUUCCUCUAUUCCUUGACUUUGGGUCAGGGUGGAGAAUGUGCCAUUUGUUGUUUCACCUCAGAUAGCAAAGUUUAUUGGACCAAUCCUGGUGUGAAUGUCUAUGUAUGCAAAUGUGUUUACAUAUAUGUGUUUGCCCUGUUCUUAACAGAUGAAAGUAAAUGAUGGCCCUUAUUUGUAUUGUGAGUUUUCAGAAUGCCGCUUAACAUUCUUCCAUAGGAUAUACCAAUUAAAACUCGUGUGUUUUGACAGAAAAAUCCCCAUAAUGUAUGUGCUUUGCUUUUGAAAAAUACAUAGAAUUUCUCCUAACUGCAUAGUAGUAAUCUUACUGUGGUAUGUCAGGGGUUGUCUUCCCUCAGUUACAUUCCUCUGGAGGCAUAUUUUUGAAGCUGGAAAAGAAAACCUGUGUAUUCCUUUUUAUUUUUUUAAUUUAUUUAUUUUUUUUAAAAAAGAAAGAAAACCUGUGUAUUCCGUGGUUAUAUUUGAUGGUGCCUUAGGAGCUAGUACUUAAACUCCACCAAGGAGGAGACAGGGGACUCCCCUGAGAAGGAGGCUAGUUCACCAACACAGGAGCCAGAUAUAUGGAGAAACGUGACUCAAAGAAGUAGGAGGCCCAGGGUUCGCUCUGAUUGAUAAUAAAUACACAAUUGCUUUGAGGUCCUCUCCCCUAGCAUGGAAGACGAAGAGCAGACUCCAUUUGAGGAUCUCUCCCUCAUUACAGUCGAUCAGGUAUAUGAAGACAAGCAGCAAAGUCAGUCCUCAGGGAAUGUGCAGGCGACCUUGGAACGGACAGCUCACGGAAGAACCCCGACCAAACCUAAGAGGAGGCGUGUAGUGGUGAUGGGGAUUCCCUACUGAGGGGAACAGAAGCAGUGAUCUGUGGGCCUGACAAGAUCUCUCGGGAAGUGUGCUGUCUCCCAGGGCUAAGAUCCAAGAUGUAACUGAAUGACUGCAAGGAAUCAUAAAACCCACUGACAAAUACCCCUUCCUCUUGGUUCAUGUGGGAACCAAUGACACUGCAAGCAAUAGCCUCCAGAAGAUCAAAAGAGACUACGAGGCUCUGAGCAGGAAAUUGAAGCAAUUAAAUGCACAAAUUGUCAUCUCAUCUGUCCUCCCAGUUGAAUGACGUAGCCCAGGGAGAGAGGGAAAAAUAGUGGAAGUGAACAGCUGGCUUCGUAAACAGGAACGGUUUGGAUUCUUAGAUCACGGACUGCAGUUUCUUGAAGAUGGACUUCUGGCAAGCGAUGGGCUGCACCUCACAACGGUUGGGAGGAAUGUUUUUGCCAAAAAUCUCAGAAACCUCAUCAGGAGGGCUUUAAACUGACUAAUGUGGGGGAGGGAGACAGUGCUCCUGAAGGUAGGAGUCUAUCAAUUGAUGAAGAUGAUCAUCCAAAUGUCAUAGACCAAAUGGAGCAAACAGCACGCAGACCUAGUGAUGGGAGGAAAAAAUCCUUAAAUAAGAGACACGGAGGAACAGCCAUUUUAGAUCUGGUCCUAACCAAUGUUGAUGACCUGGUUAGUGGGGUAGAAGUGGAAGGAUCAUUAGGCACGAGUGAUCAUGCUCUUCUGAAGUUUACUAUACAGCGGAAAGGAGCAGCCAAGCAUACUAGGACUCAAUUUCUUGACUUUAAGAAAGCCGACUUCAUAAAACUUAGGGAAGUGCUGGGUGAGAUCCCAUGGACAGUAAUACUAAAAGGAAAGGGAGUUCAUGAUGGCUGGGAGUUUGUUAAGAGGGAGAUAGUAAAAGCACAACGUCAGGCAAUACCAAUGAGACGGAAACAUGGAAGGUGCCUAAAGAAGCCAGGGUGGCUAUCUAAAGAACUUUUAACUGAGUUAAGAUUAAAAAAGGAUGUGUACAAAAAUGGAAAAGGGGGAAACCACCAAAGAGGAAUUCAAACAAAUAGCCAGCACGUGUAGACACAAAGUCAGAAAAGCUAAAGCACAGAAUGAACUCAGGCUUGCUAGAGAGGUUAAAAGCAACAAAAAGGCUUUUAUGGGUAUGUUCGUAGCAAAAGGAAGAACAAAGAAACAGUGGGGUCACUCAGAGGAGAAGAUGGUGAAAUGCAAACAGGGGACACAGAAAGGGCUGAACUCCUCAAUGCCUUCUUUGCCUCAGUCUUCUCCGAUAAAGAAAAUAAUGCCCGACCUGAAGAAUUUGGAGCAAAUGAUUCAGCAGAGGAAACACAGCCCAGAAUAACUAAGGAGAUAGUACAAGAAUACUUGGCUAGUUUAGAUGUAUUCAAGUCUCCAGGGCCAGAUGAACUGCAUCCAAGAGUAUUAAAAGAACUGGCAGAUGUGAUCUCAGAACCACUGGCAGUCAUCUUUGAGAAUUCCUGGAGAACAGGCGAAGUCCCGGCAGACUGGAGGAGGGCAAAUCACACUUCAAAACGACCUUGACAGAUUAGAGAACUGGGCAAAAACAAACAAGAUGAAUUUUAACAGGGAGAAAUGUAAAGUAUUGCACUUGGGCAAAAAAAAUGAGAGGCACAAAUACAAGAUGGGGGACACCUGGCUUGAGAGCAGUACAUGUGAAAAGGAUCUAGGAGUCUUGGUUGACCACAAACUUGACAUGAGCCAACAGUGUGACGCGGCAGCUAAAAAGCCAAUGCAAUUCUGGGCUGCAUCAAUAGGAGUAUAGCAUCUAGAUCAAGAGAAGUAAUAGUGCCACUGUAUUCUGCUCUGGUCAGACCUCACCUGGAGUACUGUGUCCAGUUCUGGGCACCACAGUUCAAGAAGGACACUGACAAACUGGACCGUGUCCAGAGGAGGGCAACCAAAAUGGUCAAAGGCCUGGAAACGAUGCCUUAUGACGAACGGCUAAGGCCGCUGGGCAUGUUUAGCCUGGAGAAGAGGAGGUUAAGGGGUGAUAUGAUAGCCAUGUUCAAAUAUAUAAAAGGAUGUCACAUAGAGGAGGGAGAAAGGUUGUUUUCUGCUGCUCCAGAGAAGCGGACACGGAGCAAUGGAUCCAAACUACAAGAAAGAAGAUUCCACCUAAACAUUAGGAAGAACUUCCUGACAGUAAGAGCUGUUCGACAGUGGAAUUUGCUGCCAAGGAGUGUGGUGGAGUCUCCUUCUUUGGAGGUCUUUAAGCAGAGGCUUGACAACCAUAUGUCAGGAGUGCUCUAAUGGUGUUUCCUGCUUGGCAGAGGGUUGGACUCGAUGGCCCUUGUGGUCUCUUCCAACUCUAUGAUUCUAUUCUAUGAUUCUAGGUGUGUGAGUCCAUCACUUCCUGCAACAAUGCAUGGAUAAGACUGAGGGGCAGGUGAACCUCACCAAAAGGCAAAGAGCCCUAAACAGCGUUCAUUACAACUUCCUAUAAAACUCUGAGCUGAGGCAAUGCGCCUUCUUAUCUUCUUAUUUUCAGACAUUGCAGAGCCUCAUCAUUUAUAUGUGGAAAGCUUUCUUUCUUGAGAGAGAGAGAGAAUUGGAGUUUCGGCAAAGUACUCACUCAAACAUGGAUCAUGAAGCGGAGGAUCUUAAUUGUGGGAUAUUAAAAUGCCAAGCAAAUAAAAUUUUCUUUAUCCCUGGUACAAGAAGAGUAGACACCAGAAACCCUGAGAGCAACACUGGCCAUUCUUAGCAGGCAGCUGAUUUGCUUUUUUGAUGUUCUAGUGAUAACGCACAGUGAAUGAAAGAAAACUACCCCCCUCAAAUAAUUUGAUAGCUGUACAUUGAGAAGAAUUUUCCCCUCUAAUGAAGCCUUGCCAAGGAAUGUCAGUCAGGAUUUCUUUUCAGCUCCUUCCUUUGAAAAUAAGGAACUUCAAAUCAUAAGUUCAGUCGCCAAACAAUUGUGUUGGCUGACUGGAGCAAAAGUGGUGACCUCUACACCGGUGCGCCUAUAGAAAUCUAAUAAUCUUCAAAGUUGUGUUGGUUAUAAGUGAUCAAAUGCAUUUAUGUACAUGCAGGAACAGUGUGCAUGCAGACGGGGUGGUACUUGUUUUGAUAUAUCUCGCUCCUCUGCAUUGCACCACCAGCAGCAUUUGAGGGUGAAAAAACCCUUGUGGUUCAGAAGUAUGUGGCUGUGCAAUUGGAGGAAGGAGACUGCUGUACUGAAGCAGAUUGUAGUUGAGCAUGCCUUUCAUCAGGAUUUGGCACAUGCUCUUCUAUGGAUUAUCACUAAAACCUUCUGUCUUUGAUGUCCCUCUGAAAACACACUGUUGGCACACAUUAAUCCUGAAGUAAUUCCUGAUGCCAGAAUAUUAAUUCUUCAGAAAAUAUAAUACCUUGGAUAAUAUUCUCACCCUCCGCAUAAUGGGGGUUUUUUAUACACACAUCUCUCAUUCUCCUCUGCCAAGAAGGAAUUUUCUCCUCUUUGCUGCUAAAGUUUAAUUAUUCAUAGUUUUUGGCUGGUGAAUAUUUAUAACUCAGGGAGACAUCAAUGCAGAGCAACUGCAGAGAAUACCUUCCUUCCAGAGCACUUACAGCUUUUUCUUCACCUGUUCGUGAUAAUACUUUUCAGCGUGUAUUUAAAGAGGAUUUUUUUUUAACUCUCUAGUUUUUAUUGAACUACUGGGGAUGAAGAUAUUAUUUUGAUAUUUAUUAAAUUUGUUAGUCACUUUAUCUUGUCCAGGGCAACCCAAACAACUUAAAACCCGGCAGACAGAAAAAACCUCACACAGAUACAUUAAAACAGAGGAAAACAUAAUCAAUUAAAAACAUCCCGCCCACUUCUAAAAGACCUAUUAUUAUUAAGAUACGCAGGCUUGGAGGCGGGCAAGCAGACUUUAAAUCACUAUAAGAGGCUAAUAGUUCUAACGAAAUAGAUAUCUCUACCUGUUAGGUGGAAUGGGGAAGAACUGGCUAAUGCCCCAGUUCACCUCAACCUUUUUUAAUGAGUUGAUAGCUUAUGCUGUAGUACUUAUAACAUAAUCCUAUGUCACUCUAGGGGACUUUUGACUUCUGCUUUUCAAGAUGGAGGUUCAGUGAAAAGGAAGGAAGGGGAGGAAAGCAGAGACAAGGACUAAAGAGUUGAGGGUGGGGAGAAAAUCAUAUGUAUUUCUGCUAGCAAUUAAAUCCCACUUGGUUCCAAGGACCUACUCCCUAGCACAUGUGUUUAGGACUGAAGAAGGAGAACAGCAACUGUGGAGUUCUCCCCCACCCCAUAGCAUAGUGGAAUUGGAAAUGUCAUUCAUCCAAAAGGGGGAGAGCAAACCCAUUGCUCUAUGACAUAAUAAAAGGUGGUGUUCCCUUCUCAUAAAACAUCCACCUGACUAAAAGAUAAGAACUUUUGCAGAUGUUGAUAUUAAUGGUUUCUUCUUAUUCUUUGUAAUUGUAGUGUUUGAAGUUCUGCAGCUAUGUGAUUCUCUUCGAGAUGAUGUCCUUCCUGAGCAUGGAGUUCGGUUUGAAGAUCAUGAAGGUAAUUAAGUUGGAAAUCAAACUGGGCUCCAGUCUUGCUUUUGACAAGUUAGUACAUCCUGGUGUCUGUUUCCAACUAACAGUAAUGAGGCGCAGUAACAAAAUGAAUGAGCUUUGUCAAGCACCCUGGACUCUUAAAAGAUGCAAUGCUAAAGACAUUUACGUAGAAGUGGCAUUUCAGUAGGAUUUUCUUCCAAGUAAAUAUGGUGAUGAUUUGGAUGUGAAAUAGACACAACAGCAAAUAAUAGCAGCAAGAAAUCAUAGAUUUCUCAAACUUUUGCCCAUCUUUUUCCAAGAGUUGUCCAUCAAUUAAGGUUAAGUGAGUUCUGCCUUUUGUGUUCAGCAGUGUGAUGUAUAUUUUAAAUAGCUGCAGAGGAGUUCAGCAGCAUCUAGAGGGUCACACGUUUCCAUCCCUGGUGUGUAUCAUUGGGAUAAAUACUUUAAAGUAGUAAUAUAUAUGAUCAUUUAUUCCUUGUAAUGCUUCUAUUGUAGGACUCCCAACUGUGGUCAAGCUAGUGGACAGAGACACCUUACUAAAAGAAAGAGAAGAGAAGAAAAAGGUUAUACGUUAUUUGAACUAGUUUCUGUCUAGAUGUGCCUAAUUUUUGUCUAACGUCAUUUGGGAUGUUUAGAGGAAUAUAGCCUGCAUCAGUCUCCUUCCACAAGCACAGCUUCUGCUGGGAAUCUUGGACUUUCUAGACCCCACCAACCAUGCAAAGACCUCCUGUAGCAAUUGAUGGGGCGAGGCAGCACCGCUCACUUGGCUUCCCAAUAGGGAUACAGCUGGUUAGGGGGAGGGGCAAGGUGGCAGGCGGGUGGUGUGGGUGCAGUGAUUGUAGAGCUAUAUUGGCUCCACUGCCCUACUGGCGCUUUGCCAGUCGCCUUGCCCCUCCGACCCCCCUGUAAUCUGUGGCAAUCCUGACAUUUGUAAACCGGGUAAACUCCUGUAAUUAAGACACAAUCAUCUGACCAAAGGACUUUAACAUGGCCAGUGUUCCAAACUCCUUUCUUUCCUUUUAAAAAGCUCUACAAUUUUUCCUGGCUUUUGCUUAUCAGAGUUUCUGAAUAAGAGAACUCUAGGAUUCUCUUGGUAUGUUCACUCAUUGUAGCUGACAAGUGCCAUCUUCAGAGAGAAAAAUGAACAAAAAUCCUGUCAUUUAUAAGCAAGUAAAAUAAAAGUUACUUCCCAUUUAUAGAUGUAGCCCUCAGUGGUGAUGCACUCCUAUAAAAAUAAUGACACCAUUCUCCCCACCCACCUAACAAGUACCUUCCGACAUAAAUCUUGAGAUUACUACAUUAGCACACAUACUAUUUUUAUUGCAUUAUGGUGAGCCUUGGGACGUGCAUAUGAAUGAGGAACAUGCAGAGCUGGUGAUUUUAAUUCCCUCAAAAGUCAAAGACUGGUUGUUCUGGAUAGAACUUUGUAAAGCUAACAGCUUAAUUAGGAUCCUGUUGUAUAAAACAUAGCUGUGGAUGAUUUGCUAUUAAAAUGCUCAGUGAUUUACUUCUGUAUUUUUUAAAUCCUAAUGUUGCUUUUCAAAUUCUUUUUCCAUAGAUUGAAGAAGAGAAAAAAAGGAAGAAAGAAGAGGCAGCUAGAAAGAAACAGGAACAGGAGGUAAAGUAACCAAAUACUUUUUAAAUAUACAUUUUAAAGGUUGGUUUUAAUGGCACUGAUGUCAGGCGAGAAAAGGCAUGUUUCAGGCUUUAUCUUCCAUUUAUGUCACCUCCUCUGUUAUGUGAGCUGCAAAGCAGAGCCAAAUUGUUAGAGAGACCUUAAGCCACACAGCCCCUCAACACAUAAACCCCUGAACCACCUUUUGCCCAGCAGCCGUUCCCAAACCAUUGAGUACUUUGGUAGACCUACAGCAUGAAUGACACUCAAGGACUUCCAGCUGAACUCAACUGCUCCAGCAUCCAACAGAUGCCAAAGACACCCUCUUUCCAGAACCAACAGUAUAACAUUAGCAGAGAGUGAGAUGCGGAGAGACCUGCCCAGCCAACUCUCUGCUUAUAGCCAUUUAUUCCAAACAUUUUAUGUUGGAAUCUUUCAGAAGAGAACAUUGGGUUUUGCUGCCAAACACAAGGAAAUGGCUUCUCAGUUGUGUGGGGUGGCUUUAUCAACAGGCAAAACUGAAUCUGCUUCAGUCACAAAAUAUGCUGUAUAUUCUCUGCUACCACCACCCCAAUCUCUCCACCCCUACCAUGUGUACAUAGCCUAUUUUUGCUCCUGGCGUAUGCUUUGAUCAUCUGCAAAAUGUUCAUGUUUUGCUAGGCCUCUGUCUUCUAUAGAGUCAACAUAUUGCUGGGUUGCAUUUAGAAUGGCUCUUCUGUGACCUUCUAUAGUGUUAUGGAGGAUCCCUCCAACUCAGCUUUUCAAGGGGCAUAGGGAGCUGCAGGCAGAAGGAGGAAUCACUAGAAUUUCUCCUCUCUACCCCUUUCCACCAAUGGGAGUGUCUUGUAAGCACACCUCCUGCUUGGAUCUGGAUCCAGUUCAAUAUAUUUAAAAACUCUAUCAUCAACACCACAAGUGCACAGAACAGCAUCUCUUUAAAAGGGGAAUGUCUUACCAAUAGAAAGCUAAAAUAGCAAGUGUCUCUUAAAACUUUACCGGACAUUUGCUUUGCAAGUUGUUCUCGCAUCUUGCGAUACAUGGUAUGAGAAAAUGGGGAAAUUAAAUAAAAACACAGGUUUCAGCAGAUUUUGAAGAUACUUUUGUACUCAGGACCCAAACCAGUUUUAAAUCCAAAGACUUAUAUGCUUUUCUGACAGCCUUUUGUGGGGGCGGGUUGUGUCUUUGGAAGGAUGAGCAUCAGAGUAUCAGCUUAAAUUUGUUUUCAGGAAUUGUUUUGAUGUAGGAGGUUAAUACUGGCUGUGAUAUUCAUGUAUUCCAGAGUUGUAACACUUUUUAAAUAUAUUGCAGGCAGUAAAAUUGGCAAAAAUGAAAAUCCCCCCAGGAGAAAUGUUUAAAUCGGAGCAUGACAAGUAUUCCAAAUUUGAUGAAAAUGUAAGCAUUACUGCAAUUUUUCUUCCUUGAAUAUUGUAUUUAGGGAUCCUGGGGAAAGCUGCUAGUUCAAUCCUGGACAAUUAAGAUAGAUAGAUAGAUAGAUAGAUAGAUAGAUAGAUAGAUAAGGUAAGGUAAGCAUUAUUUUAUUAACAUUUGUGUAGCACUUUAAGUGAUCCAAGGGCUUUACGUGCAUUAUCUAAUUGCAAUCCUUAGAACACACUGUAAGGCAAGGCAGUAUUAUUAUCCCCUAUAUUGUAUAUUGAGGAGGAGGUGAAGGGAGACAGUGGCUGAGAGUUCAUGGCUAGAGCUCAACCACCACACUACACCAGCUGUACAACCUAUGCACGUUUAUGCAGAAGUAAACUCUACUGAAUUCAAUGGGACUUGCUCCCAAAUAAUUCUGCAUCAUAUUAAAGCAUGUGAGUCUUUUGUUACAGCCACAAAUUCUAGAGCCUUUUCAUAUUUGUAACUUUGGCACAUUUUUCACCCCUCUUCAAUGAGGAUGCAUGUCUAUGGUUUUCUGUGCAUGUAAAGGAAAAUAGUGAUAAGGCAGGUGAGUCCUAACAACCCUACCUCCUGCACCUAGAGGAGACAGACAUGUUGACUACUACCUGAUACUUAAUAAGGAGGUUCAGCCUUAAACUCUUCCAAAUCAUUUCCUAACUUGAUGUGUUACUGCUUUUUUUCAGAAUCUUUUGGAGUUACAUAUGUGGUUUAUUGGGCUUGAAUAAAUAAGCAAAGAACCCAGGUUUUUAUUUUUCUUGUUGAUAAUGCCUAAUUACUGGUGAAAAGGGAUAAUGCUAUUGCAUUACCACAGCAGAAAGAAACAAAAACGUUGAGAUAACAUGGUCCUAAGAUAAUGAAUUAAUGUUUUCCAGGGGUUUCCAACUCAUGACACAGAAGGCAAAGAACUCAGCAAAGGUCAAACGAAGAAACUAAAGAAACUCUAUGAAGCACAAGAAAAACUGUACAAAGAAUAUCUUCAAAUGGUUCAGAAUGGAGUUGCAAACUGAGAACAAAGCUUGGACAAUCUGCUUCUUAAAUAAAAUAUACAGCUGGAUAAACUUUGUGAGGGGAAAUGCGUUUUCACUGGGCUUUAACUUUCCAUAUUGUGCUGAACAAAAAGUAACGCUGCAAUCCUAUACACACAUGGGAUUAAGUCCCAUUGAACACAAUGAGACUUACUUCUGAGUAAACAUGCAUAGGAUUGCACGGUUAAUAUCACCUUGUUUAAAACGUCAAUAAAAGUUUUGUUAGUUAAAUAAGGUUCUGUAAUAUUUUUAUGUGAUACAAGUCAAUAAACUAUUUGCUAACUGUCCCUAAGAAGAUUUUUUUUGGGAAAUAGAGGUGCGUAGGGGGAGGGGGGAUCAGAGACAGUGUCCUUUCCAUCUCUGCCAUCUGUAGCAGCAUCAGGUUGGACUUUUGCUCCAUGGAACUCUGGAUUCAACCCCUUAACUUUAGCUGGACUUGUAUCUUUUGUGAGAAGUCAUUCAAGCCAAACUCACAAUGUCUCAAUUCAUCUGUUAAAACUAUGGGG